AUGGCUCAGUACCAACCUGUCCGAUCUAUCUGCGAUCACUUCAAUGUAGGAAAGGCUAUGGCCCGUUUGAGAUCUGUUAGGAGGGUAAUACGAGCACUGUUUAAAAGAGCUUAUCAAUUUAUAUCGUGGCCAUCAGAUGGAACGCACAUACAAAUAGAAGCACCUAAAGAAAACGCAGCAGAUUACAUCAACCGAAAAAGAUAUCACUCUAUUCAGCUUCAGGUUGUGUGUGAUCAUAGAGCACUCAUAACUCAUUGUUAUGUGGGUCAUCCUGGUUCUGUACACGAUCAGCGAAUAUUUAGACAAUCAGAAGUGGCAACAUAUCUGAAUAAUGAAGAAAAGUUUCCAUUCGACAGUCAUUUAGUAGGAGAUUGUGCCUAUGCAUUGCACGAACAUUUACUAGUACCAUACAAAGAUAAUGGACAUUUGAGUGCUGCCCAAAAGCAUUAUAAUUUUUGUCAAUCCUCUGCACGAGUAGUAGUUGAAAGGUGUUUUGUUUUAUUAAAAACACGAUUGAGGAGUUUGAUGCAUUGCUUGCCUAUAACCAGAAUUGAUCUCAUGGCUGAAUAUAUUGUAGCAUGCUGCGUUAUUCAUAAUAUUUGUAUACUGAAUAAAGAUGAACUCGCAAUAAUACUGUUAAUAUCAGCUACAAAUACUUCAGCACAAGAUCAUCAUAUUGAUCAAAGGCAAGCAAAUAACAAUGGAAUUUAUAAAAGGGACAUGAUAAUGAAUAUGUUAUAAAGAGAAUUUAAUUAAAUUUUAACUUCGUAUAAACAUUGUAAUUAUUACACUGUACAAAAACCAA